AUGACCAAGGUCGGCCUCGGAUACCGCUGCUCCUCCCGCCUUCUCCUCAGGCCCCCGCGCUGGGAGCCGCUACGGAGCCCGCCGGCCGUGCUUAUUCCUGAAGUUCCCAGGGGCUCCGAGUGCCCGCCGGGAGAGGCCAGCGCGCCUUAUGGCAGCGUUGCCUCCUCGCCGCGCCAGGCCCGAGGGAUCAGCCUGCUCCGUGGAUCCCCGGGCUGCUCCUGCUUUUCCCCAUGCGGAGCUGCAUGGCGUUUUCUGCCCUCGGCGUCGCGCCGUGCGGUGCGACGGCCUCCCUUGCGCGCGCUGGAAUCAUUCGAUGAUGCAUCACCAGGAAAACAAAAAGAAAUCCAGGAAGCAGAUCCUACGUAUGAAGAGAAAAUGCAAACAGAUAGAGCAAACAGAUUUGAGUAUCUGCUGAAGCAGACUGAGCUGUUUGCUCACUUCAUUCAGCCUGCUGCUCAGAAAACUCCUACUUCACCUUUGAAAAUGAAACCAGGACGUCCACGAAUAAAGAAGGAUGAGAAGCAGAAUUUACUGUCAGUUGGCGACUACCGGCAUCGUAGAACAGAACAGGAAGAAGAUGAGGAGCUUUUAACAGAAAGCUCCAAGGCAACCAAUGUGUGCACUCGGUUUGAAGAAUCUCCAUCAUAUGUCAAAUGGGGAAAGCUGCGUGAUUAUCAGGUCCGAGGACUGAACUGGCUCAUCUCUUUGUAUGAAAAUGGCAUCAAUGGCAUCCUGGCGGAUGAAAUGGGUCUUGGGAAGACGCUGCAAACAAUUUCGCUUCUUGGGUAUAUGAAACACUACAGAAAUAUUCCUGGUCCCCACAUGGUGUUAGUUCCGAAAUCCACUCUCCAUAACUGGAUGAAUGAAUUUAAGAGAUGGGUACCUACCCUUCGAGCAGUUUGUUUGAUCGGUGACAAAGAUCAGCGAGCCGCCUUUGUCCGAGAUGUGCUGCUGCCAGGAGAAUGGGAUGUCUGCGUAACGUCGUAUGAAAUGCUCAUCAAGGAGAAAUCAGUAUUCAAAAAGUUUAACUGGAGAUACCUAGUCAUAGAUGAAGCCCACAGGAUUAAAAAUGAAAAAUCUAAGUUAUCAGAAAUUGUGCGGGAAUUCAAGACUACAAAUCGGUUGCUGUUGACUGGAACUCCACUUCAGAACAACUUACAUGAACUCUGGGCACUUCUUAACUUCCUUUUGCCAGAUGUGUUUAACUCAUCUGAAGACUUUGAUUCGUGGUUUGAUACAAACAACUGUCUAGGGGAUCAAAAGUUGGUGGAGCGUCUCCAUAUGGUGCUGCGGCCGUUCCUUUUACGUCGCAUUAAAGCUGAUGUAGAGAAAAGCUUGCCUCCGAAGAAGGAAGUUAAAAUUUAUGUGGGUCUCAGCAAAAUGCAGCGAGAAUGGUAUACACGGAUCCUAAUGAAGGAUAUCGACAUUCUCAAUUCUGCCGGGAAGCUGGACAAAAUGCGGCUCCUGAAUAUCCUGAUGCAGCUGCGGAAGUGCUGCAAUCACCCGUACCUCUUCGACGGAGCAGAACCCGGCCCACCCUACACAACAGACAUGCAUUUGGUCACCAACAGUGGCAAAAUGGUAGUACUGGACAAAUUACUACCCAAGUUGAAAGAACAAGGUUCAAGAGUCUUAAUCUUCAGUCAGAUGACCAGAGUCUUAGACAUCUUGGAAGAUUAUUGUAUGUGGCGAAAUUAUGAAUAUUGUAGACUGGAUGGCCAAACACCUCAUGAUGAGAGACAGGCUUCUAUUAAUGCAUAUAAUGAACCUGGUAGCUCAAAGUUUGUGUUCAUGUUGAGUACACGGGCUGGAGGUCUUGGAAUCAAUUUGGCUACUGCUGAUGUUGUAAUUCUGUAUGAUUCAGACUGGAAUCCCCAAGUAGAUCUUCAGGCUAUGGAUCGCGCGCACAGAAUCGGCCAAACCAAAACUGUUCGAGUGUUCAGGUUUAUCACAGACAACACAGUGGAAGAAAGAAUAGUGGAGCGGGCAGAAAUGAAGCUCCGGCUCGAUUCCAUAGUCAUUCAGCAAGGAAGAUUGGUGGAUCAAAACUUGAAUAAACUUGGGAAGGAUGAAAUGCUGCAAAUGAUCAGACAUGGAGCAACACAUGUGUUUGCAUCAAAGGAGAGUGAGAUUACAGAUGAAGACAUUGAUCACAUUUUGGAAAGAGGUGCAAAGAAGACUGCAGAAAUGAAUGAAAAGCUCUCCAAGAUGGGUGAGAGCUCACUCAGGAAUUUCACAAUGGAUACAGAGUCCAGUGUAUAUAAUUUUGAAGGAGAAGACUACAGAGAAAAACAAAAGAUGGCAUUUACAGAGUGGAUUGAACCACCUAAACGAGAAAGAAAAGCCAAUUAUGCUGUGGAUGCCUAUUUCAGAGAGGCUCUGCGAGUCAGCGAGCCAAAGGCUCCCAAGGCACCACGACCUCCGAAGCAGCCAAAUGUUCAGGACUUCCAGUUCUUUCCUCCACGCCUCUUUGAACUAUUGGAAAAAGAGAUCCUCUACUACAGGAAAACAAUAGGUUACAAGGUACCUCGUAAUCCCGACCUACCAAAUGCAGCCCAGACACAAAAGGAAGAGCAGCUUAAGAUUGAUGAGGCUGAGCCUCUUAAUGAUGAAGAAUUAGAGGAAAAAGAGAAGCUUCUAACCCAGGGAUUCACUAACUGGAAUAAGAGAGACUUUAACCAGUUCAUCAAAGCGAAUGAGAAGUGGGGCCGUGACGACAUUGAAAAUAUAGCACGAGAAGUAGAAGGAAAAACCCCAGAGGAAGUCAUCGAAUACUCAGCUGUGUUCUGGGAAAGAUGCAAUGAACUCCAGGAUAUAGAAAAGAUCAUGGCUCAGAUAGAAAGAGGAGAGGCCAGAAUUCAGAGGCGGAUCAGCAUUAAAAAAGCACUUGACACAAAGAUUGGCAGAUACAAAGCCCCUUUCCACCAGUUAAGGAUCUCAUAUGGUACCAAUAAGGGGAAGAAUUACACUGAGGAGGAGGAUCGCUUUCUCAUCUGUAUGCUCCACAAGCUGGGCUUUGAUAAAGAAAAUGUGUAUGAUGAGUUGAGACAGUGCAUCCGGAACUCGCCCCAGUUCCGAUUCGACUGGUUUCUCAAGUCCAGAACUGCCAUGGUACGUAGCCUCGCACAGAAGCGCAAGAUGGAUGGUACUGCUGAUGGUCGUGGAAGAAAAAAGAAGCUAAAGCUGUGA